AUGUACCAAAAUUUGUCAUUAAAUAUUUUUCUGAAUUUAAAAUUUAUUGCGCAGCUUGCUUGCUUCCUGGUUCUUGCGAUUUUACUAUUUGGGCGCUUCUUUCAAUGUUGGAUGGUUUACAACAUUUUAGUCAAAUUGAAUGCGUGCAAAAAGUCUUGGAUAAACAAUUUGCGAUCCGAUGCAUCUUUGGAUAAAAAUGGACGUCUUAUUCGAAUUGCACCUCUUUCUGUUCAAAUUAAUCAGCAAAUCACAACACAAGCUUCUCAUCAUGUUGUUGACACGCUCAGGUUGACACGCUUUGUGUUGUUGACACGCUUUGCUUUCCCGAAGGAACUUUUUUGAAGGAAGUGAAUUUGGAAUUGAUUGACGUUCUUGGACUGUUGGGCGUAAAUUUCUUUGAAUUAAGGUUUGUUUUUUUGUUGAAUAUUUGGAAGGUGUGCCUUUAAAAUGAGGUGGGCCUUCAUUUUUUCCUUGCAGUAACGAAGGGUAAAUUUU